AUGGAGGUACUUAUGCCCGAACGGGCCCAGGCCCAUUUGGCCUUUCACAAUAACGUGAUAGAUGGAACUGCCAUUAAACGAAUUCUUAGCGGAUUAAUAGAUCACUUCGGAAUGGCAUAUACAUCAAACAUCCUGGAUCAAGUAAAGACUGUAGGUUUCCAGCAAGCCACUGCUACAUCCAUUUCAUUAGGAAUUGAUGAUCUUUUAACACUACCUUCUAAGGGGUGCUUAGUCCAAGAUAUUGAACAACAAAAUUUGAUUUUUGAAAACUACUAUCGUUAUGGAAAUGUACACGCAAUAGAAAAAUUACGACAAUCCAUUGAGGUAUGGUAUGCUGCAAGUGAAUAUUUGCGAUCCGAAAUGCAUCCUAAUUUUAGGAUGACGGACCCUUUGAAUUCAGUCCAUAUAAUGUCUUUUUCGGGAGCGAGAGGAAAUACAUCUCAAGUACACCAAUUGGUAGGUAUGAGAGGAUUAAUGUCCGAUCCACAAGGGCAAAUGAUUGAUUUACCUAUUCCAAGCAAUUUACGCGAAGGGCUGUCCUUAACAGAAUAUAUCAUUUCUUGCUAUGGAGCCCGAAAGGGAGUUGUGGAUACCGCGGUACGAACAGCAGAUGCUGGAUAUCUUACGCGCAGACUUGUUGAAGUAGUUCAACACAUGGUUGUACGUAGAACAGAUUGCGGGAGCACCCGAGGUAUCCCUGUGAGUCCUCGAAAUAAGAUUAAUCCGGAAAGUUUUUUUAUCCAAACCUUAAUUGGUCGUGUAUUAGCAAACAAUCUCUAUAUUGGUUCACGAUGCAUUGCUAUUCGAAAUCAAGAUAUUGGGAUUGGACUUGUCGAUGGAUUCAUAAACUUUGGAUUGCAACCAAUAUCUAUUCGAACUCCUUUUACUUGUAAGAGUACGUCUUGGAUCUGUCGAUUAUGUUAUGGCCGCAGUCCUACUCAUGGCGACCUGGUGGAAUUGGGAGAAGCUGUCGGUAUUAUUGCGGGUCAAUCCAUUGGAGAGCCGGGCACUCAACUAACAUUAAGAACGUUUCAUACUGGUGGAGUAUUUACAGGGGGUAUCGCCAACCAUGUACGAGCCCCUUCUAAUGGAAAAAUUAAAUUUAAUGAAGACUUGGUUCAUCCCACACGUACACGUCAUGGGCAUCCGGCUUUUCUAUGUUAUAUCGACUUGGAUGUAACGAUUGAGAGUCAAUAUACUCUACAGAACGUGAGUAUUCCACCAAAAAGUUUGCUUUUUGUUCAAAAUGAUCAAUAUGUAAAAUCAGAACAAGUGAUUGCUGAAAUUUGCGCAGGAGCAUACACUUUGACUUUGAAAGAGAAGGUGCGAAAACAUAUUUAUUCCGAAUCUGAAGGAGAAAUGCACUGGAGUACCGAUGUAUACCAUGCACCUGAAUUUACGUAUAGUAAUGUCCAUCUAUUACCAAAAACAAGCCAUUUAUGGAUAUUAGCGGGAAGCUCGUGCAAAUCCAGCAGAGGCACCUUUUCAAUACAUAAAGAUCAAGAUCAAAUGAGCACCCAUUCUCUUUAUGUAGAAAAAAGAUCUAUUUCUAGUCCAUCAGCAAAUAAUGAUCAAGUUCAAUAUCAAUUCAUUAGUUCAAAUCUUUUGGAGAAAAACAAAAGUGCGAUUCCGGAUUAUUUAAAACUGAAUCGAAUCCUAGGUACUCCUUAUUGUAAUCGCACAGAUCCUGCUAUUCUUCAAGAAAAUGCAGAUUUAUUAGCAAAAAGGAGAAAAAAUCGAUUCAUCAUUUCAUUUCAAUCCAUUAAACAGCGAGAUAAAGAAAUAAUGACCAACUCUGGCCUCUCAAUUGAAAUACCCCUAAAUGGUAUUUUACCUAGAAAGAGUAUUUUUGCUUAUUUCAAUGACCCCCAAUAUCGAAGCAAGAGUUCCGGAAUUAUUAACUAUGGAGCUAUAGACAGGGAUUCUAUUGGCAAAAAAGAAGAUGAUUUGAUUUUAAUUGAGCAUCGGGGAGUCAACGAAUUAAAGUCAAAAUGCAAAAUUAAAGUCAAUCGCUUUUUUUUCAUUCCCGAAGAAGUGUAUCGUUUACCCGAAUCCUCCUCCUUAAUGGUACGGAACAAUAGUAUCAUCGGAAUAGAUACACAAAUCACUUUUAAUAUAAGAAGUCAGGUAGGUGGAUUGGUUCAAGUGCAGAAAAAAAAAAAAAAAUGGGAACUCAAAAUCUUUUCUGGCGAUAUCCAUUUUUCGGGAAAAGCCGAUAAGAUAUCCAAACACAGUGGGAUGGGGGUACUACCCCGAACGCUAAAAAGCAUUGCUAAGAAAUCCACAAAAGUGAAAACCCGGAUCUAUGUCAAAUGGAUUACACCGAGUAAGAAAAAGUCUUUUGUUUUUGUUCGCCCAGUAAUCUUAUAUGAAAAAGCGGACCGUAUAAAUCUAGCAACACUUUUUUACCAGGAUCUAUUGCAAGAAAAGGAUAAUCUGAAAAUUCGAGUUAUGAAUUCGCUUCUCUAUGCAAAUAGUAACCGAAUUCGGGUAAUCUCUAAGACAAGUAUUCAAUUAGUUCGUACUUCAUUAGUAUUGAAUUGGAAACAAGACAAAAAGAAUUCCUCGGGCGAAGAGGCCUGUGCUUCGGUUAUUGAAGUAAGUACAAAUGGUCUGAUUCAGGAUUUCCUAAAAAUAAACUUAGUCAAAUCCGACAUUUCAUAUAUGAGCAGAAAAAGGAAUGAUUCGUCAGGUUCUGAAUGGAUUUCCGCGAAGGGGUCAGCUCGGACCACUAGGAAUCCAUUUUUUUCCAGUUAUUCUAAGGAAAAGAUUCAACAAUCACUUCAACCUAAACAAAAUCAAGGAACUGGUAUUACGUUAUUGAAUAGAAAUAAGGAAUGCCAAUCUUUGAUAAUUUUGUCAUCAGUUAAUUGUUUUCAAAUCAAUCCAUUUCAAAAUGAAAAAGAUUACAAUGGAAUCAAAAAACCAAUAAAAAUAGAUUCUCUAAUUCCAAUUAGUAAUUCUUUGUUGGGCCCUUUAGGAACAACUCUUCCAAUUUCAACUUCGGUUUCAUUUUACCAUUUAAUAACUCAUAAUAAAGUCUCAGUAACUCAAUUUUUGAAAGUUGAAAAUUUAAACAAGGCUUUUCAAGUAAUUCAAUAUUAUUUAAUCGAUGAAAACCGCCAAAUUGGGAUUCCCGAUCCAUGUGCUAGCCGCAUUUUGAAUCCAUUCCGUUUGAAUUGGUAUUUUCUACAUCCUAAAUAUAAUCAGAAUUUUUGUGAAUUCUUUUUGACACGAAUUAGCCUAGGAGAGUUUCUUUGUGAAAAUGUAUCGAUAGCCAAAAAAGGACCAGAACUCAAAUCGGGUCAAGUUAUAAUUGUUCACCUUGAUUCGGUAGUACUAAGAUCUGCUCAACCUUUUUUGGCCACUCCGGGAGCAACUGUUCAUGGCCAUUAUGGAGAAAUCCUAUAUGAAGGAGAUACAUUAAUUACAUUUCUAUAUGAAAAAGCAAGAUCUAGUGAUAUAACGCAAGGUCUUCCCAAAGUGGAACAAGUCUUAGAAGUGCGUUCGAUUAAUUCAAUCUCCCCAAACCUAGAAGAGAGAGUUCAGGAUUGGAACGGGUGUAUAACAAAAAUUCUUGGAAUUCCUUGGGGAUUUUUGAUUGGUGCGAAACUCACUCUAGUGCAAAGUCGUAUAUCUUUGGUUAAUGAGAUCCAACAGGUUUAUCGAUCUCAGGGGGUGCAAAUUCAUGAUCGGCAUAUAGAAAUUAUUGUCCGUCAAAUAACAUCCAAAGUUUUGGUUUCAGAAGAUGGAAUGUCUCAGGUUUUUUUACCCGGAGAACUAAUUGGAUUGGUGCGAGCGGAACGAACGGGACGCGCUUUAGAAGAAGCAAUUUGUUACCGAGCCAGAUUAUUGGGA